GAAUUGUUGAAUUAAAAGACAUAAUUUUUGGGAUCUAAUCAAUUUGUCGACUUCACAACUUUUGUUUUCUGAGUGUUGAGAUUUUAGGGUUUCGCGGGGGAAGGUUUAUCUUUGAUUAUCAAAAUUAUAAAACAAAGAAACUGACCAAGUUGUUGAGCUAAAGAGUAGAGUUCUGAUUCAAGGAUCAUCAAAGCAGUUUAGGUUCAGCAGUAAUGAAGACCGAACAGUGUGCACAAGAGCUACAAUCUUCCACUCAAGCUUCACAGGAGUCCCAAGGUGAACAGAGAAUUAACCAACCAAUAGAUGCUCCUAUCCAAGAUGCCGUUUCUGUAUCUGCUUCAAGCAAUGAUAGUAGGAAAAUUUCAAGAGAAGAUAUUGAACUCGUCCAGAAUUUGAUAGAAAGAUGUAUUCAGUUGUACAUGAACAAAGAUGAGGUCGUGAAGACCCUCUUGACUCGGGCAAGGAUAGAACCUGGAUUUACUAGCUUGGUUUGGCAGAAACUGGAAGAAGGAAACCCAGAGUUUUUCAGGGCUUAUUACAUCAGGUUGAAGCUGAAGAAGCAAAUAGUUGUGUUCAAUCAAUUGCUUGAGCACCAGUACCAUUUCAUGAAGCAUCCUCCUGUUCCUCCAAAUAUUCCUCUGGCACCGGUGCCAAACGGAAUGCAUCACAUGGCACCUGUAGUUGGCAUGCAAAUUGGAUAUCCAGUACUACAACAUCCUCAAAUGCAUGUUCCUCCAGGCCAUCCCGCAACGGGAAUGUCAAGCUGCCAUGUGGUUAACGGAGUCCCUGCACCUGCGCAGUUCCAGCCAUUGAGGAUGAACUCAACGAAAGAUAUGGUGGUUGAUACAACCGUGGAAGAUGCAAAUCUUCAAGUGGUUCCACCAAGCAGUGGUGGGAUGUCUGAGAUGGCAGUGAGUCCAGCUUCUGUGGCAUCAAGUGGACACUUUCCAUUUGAUGCUUCAGACAUGGUAAUGGACACUUCAGUGCUUGAUUCUGAGUUCACGGCUGAUGUUGGAGGAGAAGGAGCUGGGAAUACCACAGAUUCCCUUAGGUCAUUUGACUGGGAUUUUAGCCUUUCUGACCUCAACGCAGAUAUGUCAAACUUGGGAGAUGUGUAUGUAGGAGAUUUAGAAGGCUUAGGAAACUAUACAGGCUCUCCGUUUCUUCCAUCUGAUUCAGAUAUUUUGCUGGAUUCUCCUGACCAAGAGGACAUAGAGGAGUUUUUCGCUGAUUCCGUGCAUGGACCUCCCUGUUCUAAUUUAGACGAAGAGAAGCCUUGAGUAAUAAUGACCUUCAGAGAAACAAGCAGCAUUGUUUUUUUUAUUUCAAUAAUAAAUAUAACUUAUAUCUAAGUUAUUUAUGAAUAAGAGAGGGUUAGAAUGAACAAAGCAAUUGUUACUUGAUAGUGUCUUCUUGUACUCCCCUUACUAUUACUAUUUACAAGAACAAAAUAAAUAGGCUUAAACUUGCAAACGGC